GCUCAGUGCAGCAGUAGAAACACGAAGCUGUCAGCGCUCGUUUUUUGCUGUAAAUGCAGUUUCGCAGCUCGCUGCCGUGCUUCAUUGUUGACGUUGGUUGUUUUCUUGUUGUGUAUUUUACGCAAUAGGACGUCUCAUCCGUUUAACUCGAGCUAAUCAUUGUUCCACCUUCCGAAACUUAUUCUCGAACUGAGUUAGUCUGUCACAGUUCAGAAUGUAACGCGUUUAACGCCAUUUUAGUCGACGUGAUGUUUCACUGUACUUAGUUUCCUUUGAAUGUGUACUAAGCGUAAAGACUUCGACAUUUGUGACGUUUCUAACAGCGGGCAAUCUCCCACCAUCGUCCGAGUUUUGAAAAUUGUUUUCCACUGAUUAUUUCAACUAUAAUCGCUGUCCUUCUCUGUAUUGAAUGAAUGGACUUUAAAGGCGCAUGCGUGCUGGACCUAAACGUUUAUAAACAAGGCAUCGUCACAGGACAAGAUAGUGAUGUAAUAGGUCAAAGUGAAACAAUUACAUCAUGGUUUGGGAGGUGAAAAAUCCACCUCUGCCAUCAAGCAACUUCAAAAAUGGCAACAUGCAGCAGGCCGACCCUGAGCCUGAGUACACAGGAAGAAUAAGCUCUGAUGAAGACCAGGCUCAUGAUCCACUACGCUGUGACGAACACUUCCCCUCCUCCCUUGGCCUGCCCUCCAGCGACAGUUUCAUGGAAUAUGACGAUCUGCCAGAUCUACAGGAGGUUCAGGAGGAACUAACGACAGCGCACGUUUACCAGGUGAAUCGUGGUGUCUUGCACCAGGAGUGGCUUGCCGAGCCACAGCCUCCUGAGACGCUCUGGCUCACACAGCUGGCACACAUCGCCACUGGACCUCAGAGCCCACUUCUACAGGAUCUUCCUCACAGCAGCUCCUCUGCAGUCUGCAUCCCGAGCACCAGCAGUGAUCUACACACCUACGCCCGUCCUCCCCCUACUCUCACGAGAAGCAAGUCGCCAUCUGGAGUUCAUGGCAGGAAGCGACAUCGCAGCAGGACGAGCAGUGAGUGUGGCUCUGCAGUAUCAACCAGGUCCUCUCUGUCUGAUGAUGAAGACAUGGGCUGGAGUUUCUCCUGCCCACCUACAGCCUGGCACUGCUUUCUAAAAGGAACUCGCCUGCGUUUUCACAGCGGCUCAUGUGUGGGGUGGCAGGAUGUUGAGGACUUGGGGUCCGGUAAAGAAGACUGUGCCGACCAGGACCGGUCAAGCUUUCUGAAGAGUUAUGGCUCUGAGGGUCUGCAGCUGGUCGAGCAUGGAGAGACUGUGUCCUCUGGUCAGGCCGUCUUGCAGCUAACCUUUGACCCCGGGGUAUUCGGACAUACGCCGAUCACAGCACAGUGCCAACUGGAUCACCCUUUCUACGUCAAAAACAAAGGAUGGUCCUCAUUUUACCCAAGCUUGACUGUGGUGCAUUAUGGGAUACCAUGCUAUGAAAUGGAAGUAGGCGAUUUGUGCCUGCCUCCUGGACACAGAGAUGCUAAGCAUACGGAUGAUUCGCUGGUGUUUGACACAUUUAAAAGUUAUGACUUCACUCCUCGGGACUCCUCUGCUGUUUACCUGCUGAGCAGCAUGGCAAGACGCAGACAUGCCUCACAGUCCAGUGGGGGCGCUGUUUCUCCCGACAGAGACACAUUACCAGAUAGCCACAGUCCGAGCCAUUGCCACUCCAGGCAACAAAAACCUUCUAAAGCUAAAGCACAAGGUAGCAGCAGUGCCUCGCCCAACAAAUGCAAGCGGCCAAUGAACGCCUUCAUGCUGUUCGCCAAGAAGUUCAGAGUGGAGUAUACUCAGAUGUAUCCAGGCAAGGAUAACAGAGCAAUCAGCGUCCUCCUCGGCGAGCAGUGGAAGAAAAUGCAAAGUGAGGAGCGCCGCGUGUUCACCCUGCAGGCCAAAACGCUUGCCGACGAGCAAAAGAGGCUCAACCCUGAUUGCUGGAAGCGCAAAAGAACCAACUCUCAGGGCGGCCAAGGAAAUCAAAGCUGAACUGACCCAGCAUGAAGGAGUGAACACACCUAUUUAGAAGUCCAAACAAGAGCCUUGAACUGGGAUUGAGUACAACAUUCUGUUCAGAGCUUCUGUGCUUAUGAGAGUAUCACAGAUCCCAGAGCAGAACAACAACAUGUAUUGGGCUCCAGGGAACAAGUUAAACACCUCCUGCAGAGGAGUACGGUGUCUCCCUAUCCAGAACCGCACACAGAACCACAGUGCAGAUGAUCAGGUUUUAACUUCGAGUGGCGUUAAUCAAUUCACAAAAUGUGAUCAUAUAAAAAUCGAGAGAUAUUUUGGUUCUUCCCGGUGUCUAUCCUUAUGCUUGAACCAGGUGGAGGUUUUGGUGCUGUAAGAUUUUAGCCAAAAGCAAUAUAGCCAAUUUCUCUAAAUCCAUGUCAUAACAUAAGAUAUAUGCAAUUUAUUUUCUUGCCUGUAUUAUUUGUAUUUAAACUAAGUGUAAUGGCACAGGAUUAUAUAUGUAUUUAGUGUUAGCUUACAUUAACCUUGUUUUAAUGCAGCUUUAGUGCAUAACCUUCAUCUGCUUAACAAAUGUACAGCAAGGGCCUGGUAGCUUCCUCCCCUAAAUGGAGCAUGAAUUCAUCACCACUUAAAGGGAUAGUUUGAGAUUUUUGAAUCAAGGUUCUGUUGGAGAGUUAUAAGCAGUUAAUAUCUUACCUACAGUAGAUAACACUCUUCAUUUGGUAUAGAUCCAGAUUAGCAUUGGUUGGCUGUUUACACAGAACCUGGCGAUAAUUCACAUGGAUAAUUGCCGUUCGAAGCUGUGAUUUGCUUUUGUUAAAAACCCAUUAGAUUGAGUCUCAUUGGCUAUUAUUUUAUGCACAAAUGUCUGGCAUUUGUGCAUUUUGUAUUUUAGAUGUGAUUUGAUUUCAUCUCUCUCUGUCCAAAGCCUUAUUGUAUUUUUGGAAUUAUGUGAUGAAAACAGCAAUAAAUUUCAUCACGGUUGUAGUCAUUCUGCUCACUUUUUUUUCACGCCUUCAUCUAGCUUUUGUCCAAAAAAUAGACAAAAGCUAUGAGGAAAAUUGUUACAAUCUUUUAUAUCAGGCCUCUGCUCUAACUGGAAACACAGGAAGAUUUUUGGUGGCACACCUCCAACCUCUAUUUCCUUUGUACUACUGGGUCAUUGAGAUUGGACUUGUUUUAGGAAGGUAAGAGUACACUUUGUUGAUAGGUUUUAACUAAAUGAGGAUGCCAAGAGAUUUAUCUACUGCAAGUAAGAUAUUAACUUGUCAGAACCUUUCAACAGAACCUCGCAUCUACAACGCUGAGCUAUCUCUCUAAGGUUUUCUGAUAAAGGUAACAUGUGGAGUUUUUAUGUAAAUGAGCAACAGUUCUGUUAAAAGUAACUGUGGCCUGACUUUGAGAAUACGUUGAGUGCAUUUCUCUCCUCAUCAAACAUCUGCAGAGCCAGAUGUUAAAGCCACACUUCAAACAUGCCUGUUAGUGCUCCGGUGCAGAAGAACUCUGUAGGGGACCUCCUCUCUGGCUUUUAUUUUUGAUAGAGGAAUAAGCAGGUUGAAUUUCCUUAAGGAAGUGCGACCCCAAGUAGAUUUGACUUUAGUUUGAUGAUUCAGGAUAACUUAUCGUCACAAAUUGUGCUGUUGAUUUGUGUUCACUGUACCACAUAUAUGCAUAGAGCUGCAGCUCAAAGCACAUUUAUGUAAAAUAGAAGGAUACAGUGCUUCAUUAGGCUUUGUGUCAGGCAGAUCUAUUUCAGGUGUUUGUAGAUGCAAUGUUCUAUCUUUUUUUUAUGUUCCAACCAAAAAUCACAUUGACACCACCCAUUUAAGUCCAUCUUCAUCCUUUUGGUUCAUUCAUGUGAGAAAUUACAUAUUUGUAUAUUUCUAGUCACUGAAAGCCAGGAAAUUACAGUGAAAUCUUUCUGUUUGAGGCAAAAAAGCAACUAUUAAAAUUCUAUUUAAAGCAUUUAUUUUACAUAAAUGUGUUUCUCCAAUAAGACUAGAGGCGUAUUCCCUCCCCAAAGAUCGGGUCUGCUCUUAUUUGCAGUAGCUCUGCUUGAAUGUGCAAAUAAAGAUGCACAGAAUGAGACCUCUAAAUUAAUGAAUAAACAUAAAACCAACCCUCAUAAUGGUCUAAAAUUAGUCCAGUAAUUAAAACAGAAUAUCUUAUUUUUAUGAGAUUUUCUUUAAAAAAAAGUUUUAAUGUGUACUGGUUUAUACCUUAAAAAUCUUCCUCCUGAUAACCAGUGCGAAUAUGAAAGUUAAACACGAGUCAUAAUACGUGGAAAAGUGCAAUGUUCUACCUUCGUAUCAGUGUUGUGAAAACAAGACAUGAAGCAUUGACUUUGUGCUUUAUAGAGUUUCUCAUCAUUUUUACAAAAACAUUUUCAAAACAUAUUGACAGAAAAGCUAGCGUUGUAUUAGCAUGUUUGCUACUUCAUUCUCUUGGCCAGGUGACACACCAAUAAGCUCACACAUGUAGUACGGGCAUAUGUAUAUUGUUGGAUUGAUAUCGAUUUAUUGUUUAAAACUAAAAAUAUAUUGGUUUUUUUACUCUUUAGGAGAAAGUUUAGACCUUUUUUUUAAGUUGGCUUCUUUCAAUAACUUUCAGAACGUAUUUUCUUCUUGCCUGCUAAAGCUAACAGCUAAUCAGAUCAGGCCAACGUCCCAGUGCUUCAUCUAGACCAUGUUUUAAAAACCUUUAAACUGCCAUCCUUAUUUGAGCUCGCUAAGUAAAUGCUAUUUUGUUCAUUUUUAAACUACAUUACUCUUCAAUUAGGUAACUACACUGGCCAAAUACACUUAAUAGUGAUUUUAGGCACAUUGGAACAAGUUUUUAACUUUUUAGCUAAGUUUCGUCAUAAAAAAAAUACUAAUAUUAAAAACAAAUUAGGUUGACUCGUUGGGUUUAAAAUGAGCCAAACAAGCUCACUUUUUUUUGUAUGUCAGUUUUAUUACAACAUGACUCAACUUUUUAUUGUAGUAGAGAUAAAAAUGUUAAGUGACAUGUUUUAUCGUUGGUAUCUCUUCCAUUUAGCUAUUAAGUUGUAUUUGGUGGUGUUUGUGUUGUUAUAUGAGACCUGUUAGCCAUCUUUGCAGGGUAGAUUUGGUAUUAACCUGUGCCUUGGCUGUGGUCCGCCUUCUCCAUUUCUCUAGAUUACUCCAUGCUUUUAUUUUGCUCUGUCUUCUCUCCACUUGUUCUGUUUCCUUGUAAUUGUCCUUGUUUUUAUCACUGUCCAUGCACUACCUUCCUCUAUUCUGGCUGUCCAGGGUGCCAUAUUGUCCUUGCUGUGCUCCUCUUCGUCUGAUGAUGCAGAGAAAAAUGCUUGAACUCAUCUUUUUGGCUGUUUGUGAUUGUUUGCUCUACAUCACAGCUAGGUCUGCAUUUAUGUUGUGAGCAAGAAGUUCCACAAAAGAAAUAUAAAAGUUAGACGCAUCACUUUAUAGCUUAAAGAGAAAAAUAUUUUGUCUUUUAAGUUUUGCCGUUUGACAGAAUCCUUUAUUAUUGUGCUUCCACAGUUAAUACUGUUAUACACAAAGACACAGUUUAGAGCCACUAUAGAUUUACCUAAAAAUCUCCAUCAAAAUAAUAAAAUCUUUUAAAGAAUAAGCCUUCAAAUGCUCUCUGGCAACAUGACUUGAUCAGAACUCCUUUAAAGGGUGUAUGUAAAUCCACUUCUCAAGCAGAGGGUGAAGGCAGUCAUCCUCUCACUCGCUGCACAGUAAGUGUUAUUCUUAAUGCACUAUAUACACUUUAUCAUCUCAGACUGCUACAGUGUGUCAUGACAAAGAGAUUAUUCUAGAUAACUAUAUUUUUGUGCUUUGAAAUCAUCUUUCCCUUCUUGUGUUGAGCUUCUGGAUUAUUUGAUGUUUUGUCCACACUGUGAUGUCAUGUACAGUUCAGUCAGGGGGACAAUGUCAUGUAAUUCUUCAAAGUAAAAAUAAAAGCAUGAUAAACGUG